AUGGCGCCACCACCGUCGGAGGGCGAGCUGGCCGCGCCAGUCGGGGUCCUGAGCCGCAUGCAUCGUCUGAGGAACUUGAAGACGGGAACCAAGCCUCAAACCCUGUUCAAUGACAAGGGCAAAUAUCCAACCCUUACCCGGAUGUCAUACUGCCAGUGUCGCCUGCCUCGUGUCUUCACCAGUGUGUUCGACCGCUUCGGCUGGACGCACGUUGCAUUGCUGCUCGACAAGUCGGACUUGUUUUCACUGACCGUGGGUAAAAGCCUGGAAUGGGGUCUUCGCAAAGAAGGUGUGCUGAAGGCGGUACGAGAACUGGACGGCAACGAGCAGGAGCGCCAGCGGGAGCUCUGUGAAGCCCUGCUGCGAGAUGUUAGCAUGUAUGCGAGAGUGGUGAUCCUGAGCGUGCGCGGGCCGCUGGUGCGCGAGUUCUUGCUCGCCGCGCACGCGCUGGGCAUGACACGGGGCGACUGGGCUUUUCUCGAUGUGGAGAUAUUUCAGGGUGGCUACUGGGACGAAACGGGCUGGGCAGCGGGAGACGACCGCGACGCUGCCGCGCGCGCCGCCUACGAAGCAUUACUACGUGUGUCAUUGAAGUUACCGACGGGUGAUCGUUUCGACGAGUUCGCGGACGCCGUCAGAGCGAGGGCCAAAAUGCACUAUAACUACACUUUCUCUGACGGCGAGGAGGUAUGUAAUCAAAAGUGUUGAUAUUGUAACAAAAGACGAUAUAAGAUGUUCGACACGGGACACUAUGCAGCCUACGAGGCAAUUACUAAGGGCAUCAUCAGUGAAGCUACCGACAGGCGACGCACGCCGUCAGAGCGAGGGCCAAAAUGCACUAUAACUACACCUUGGACGGAAAGAGGUAUGUAUACAAGCUAUUAGUAGUUUAUUUUAUGUUUCUUUCCUUUUGUCCGUUACGUUUCGUGAUUAUUUCUCACUUCAUGAUCUCAUCGGAAGAUCAGCGCUGGAAGUCACCAGCAACAUGUUGAGAUGAGGCCAUUUUGUGACACUUUAUUCUCACUAUGUU